AUGUUCCUCUUCUUUCAGUCACGCUCUCACCGUUAGACUGGCUAGAUCCUGAAAUUCUGGAACUUGCUUUUUGUACGGAUGCGCUCGCUAGUGCCACAGUGCUUCAACAUACAGACGACAACAAAUGCGCGUGGAAAGCGCCAACCAACCAACCAUCGCCGCAAAACACUCAGGAAGUUUUCCUUCUUUUCCCGUUUUUCACGUCCAAUUUUUGUUUGUCAUCCAAUUUCAUUUGGGUAUACUGCAGGAUAAAUGGCAAGGACGAAGAGGCUUCACCCCUGAAGUUGCCCCGGGAAAAGAACCUGUGAUGGAAGGAACACCGCAGAAGCGCGGCGUACCCGAUUCUGAAGGAGGUGGGGAAGAGAAGUACUCAGCUCCUGUACUCAGCAGCGCGAAGAAGCUGGAGGCGAAAAUAAAAAAAUUGGAGCAACGCAAGCUGGAGAAAGACGUAAAGAAGAGGCUUUUCGCGUCGACCUACUCUCGUGAACUGUUCGACAAAAAGGUGUCUUCAGCAGUCAAUAUUCCUCUCGAAGAGACGGUGUACAAGAACCUUACUCCUCUGGAGUUUGACACCGCAGCAUUUCUCAAGGAUGUGGAGCGCAAGGCCAACCUGCGAGGACGGAUUCUCAAGCCACGGAAGAAGGACCCCGAACCUCCUCUUACACUCUUGGAAACAACGAAGACGUACCAAGAGGCACCGAGCCUUAAAAAUGUCUAUCGCCCGCCAACCUAUAGUCUCCAGGGCGCUCCUCCAGGACAUUCGCGUCAUCUCUACGACUUGUUGUCAACAAUAGCUAGGAUUCUGCAACCUUUCAAAGAAGUAUGCAACCCAAAGAACAUCCCCACGUUCUAGAAGGAAAUAAAAUCCAUAAAAAAUUCA